CCCCCUCCAUCAUCCUCCAUUUUCUUGUGGUCAAGAGUCCCUUUCGAUGUAUGACGAGGUUUCCUUGCUCUGGUGGUGCGUCCCGAAUCCUUGGACGGCAGACCCGACACAACAGCUCAGAUUCUUGCAAGGGGAUCCUCCAUUUUACUACCCCCUGCUGGUUUUUGUCUUGGAAUAGGUACUAGGAGUAGUGUCUACCCUGGGGACUGAUUUCGACCGGGCAAAAAAGCCUUUUGGGAGAUAUGACAUUCGUACCCAAUGCCACCCUGGCUGAAUCUUGCCCUCGGAUGCGGCACAGCCACUGGCAAUAACACGAACUGCUUCUUUCUUUUUCCAUCCUUGCAACCUUGUACCCUACUUGUAAAUGGCAAUGCUGCUACGUACAUCAACCGAGGCCUUCUCCCUUCCUUGCCCAUCUACUUAAAGUAGAAGUCGAGUACCAUCACUACUACUGGUGCUGAAUGAGUGAUAUUUCUAUCCUACAUGUACUGCAGCUCUUUACUAGGGUUGAUGUCUACGGCAGCCUUUUCCUGCUGGCCUUGCACACCCUCGCCCUCUUUCGUCAUUGAUGGGGGUGUUGCAUUGAUUCCCACCCCCUGGUUCACAUUACCGGCACUCGGCCGUACCGCUGGCACUUAUACCUGCAAGCACUUUUACGGCCAGCCAGAUACAGCCACCAAGUGGUACUGCUACCACUGCUACUGCCGGUACUAUCUCACUCCAUUGUGCUCUGCCUAGG